UCCCUCAUCCGAAUCUCCGACUUAACACACUACGGAGAUGACGAGAACACGCCGCAAGUUACCCCUAAUAUUAUGCUGUUUGAUAGUGAUAUUCUUGUUUGUGAAGAAGGGCAAGCAACUACAACAAUACGAGCAUUUCAUCCCCAAUCAAGAACCGAAGGCUGUGUGGGAUGUACUGGCGGACUUCAGUAAUAUGCCUCAUUUGAAUACAAGAAUACAGAAGUGGGAGCUACUAGACGAGUCAGGGAACUACGACAGCUGGAGGUAUCGCGUUAUCACCUAUGAGGACAUGAUCGGUGGGUUUAUCUUCGGCCUCAACGAGAACCACGGCGAGGUGUUGGUUGAGCCCGUCUCCCCCCCUGACCACUAUUACCACCAAGAGGUCUACACCACCAAGAGUCUCUAUGGCUUGAUUAUAAUCAAGAACUAUGGUAAGAUGCACUUACGUCGGGCGACUGAGGAAGGCGUGACGGGGACACUAGCGAAGCAGGAGGUGUUCAGUGAUUGUCCUCUCCUCUUCCACUACCUGUGUGACGUGGAGAUGAGGCUGGGCAGGGAAGAGUUCUUUAAAAACUUGGCCAAUUGGUUCUCUAAAGAGCAGCAGCACUGAUGGUAUUCUCGAGGCGAUGUGUUCCCUAGUUCUUAAGUGGCAAAGACUGUGAUCAAGUGAUUUGUUUUUGCAGGAUAAGGAAAGGUAUUUUUUUUACUAAGUUCGUAGAUAGUUUUGAACAAGAUCUGGGAAAAGUGAAGGUAGUUUUGACCAAUUUUUUUUUACCAAGUUUGUAGAUAGUUUUGACCAAGAUCUGGGAUAUGUAAAGAUAGUUUUGACCAAGUUUGUAGAAAGUUUUGACUAAGUUCGCUAGACAAGUGAAGGCAGUUUGCGUAAGUACAGUAACGAUAGUUUUGACCAAGUUGAUAAAGGAAAAUAUACCAAGAUUUAUGGACCAGUAAGCAGUUUUAAGGAACAUAUAUGAAUAAACAACAUCAACAGAGCCAUAGGUAAACAGUUCCUUUAAACAGAGGCACGUUUUGUGUUUUUUUUUCACAAGUAGCAGUAGUCAUUUUUGUUUGUGUUUAAGUAACAGCUAUUUUCACCGUGUUUACUACUUAUAAGAGGGAAAGUAGCGUAGUUUUAGACUAUUUUUAUAGGACACUACCAAUGUUUACAUAAGCUGGGAUUAGUGAAUUACUUUUUUAAGCCGUUUAUGUUAUAAUUUAGCAACAUAAUCGCGAUACAGUACGUUAUUAGUGGGACAGUUGGUUACGAAAUAAAUACAACAGUAUUUCCUUUUUGCGUCGGUGAUACUAUUUAGUGCAAGAGGAAAAUAAACUGAAUAAACAAAGCGAUGGGUGUAGCUCUGUAGCCUGAUAUUGUUUAAGGCAGUCAGUGCUCAAGCUCGUAUUUCCUUAGGUUCCAUGAGCCAAGUGUGUUUUGCUUCGUUGAUCCGUGUUAAGAGCCUCAGCUUUACUACACAACAGAAGUUAUCGGAAUUAAUUUGUCAUUCAUCUAUAUAUGUAUUUCUGUGCUUCAACAACUAGGUAGGUACCAUUUGUAGCUCUGAUGUUGUGCAGAAUUACUAUGGUGGACUGUUGUGUCUAUGGCAAGUUGUACCACAGAGCAAUCAAUGUCUCGAUUGAUGCGUGUUUCUCCACAGCUCAAUCUUUGUUAGGGUUUUUGUGCAUACAGGCUAUAUUAUCGUAGUUUGCUUCACCUUUUAGCAACUUGUUACUUUAGGUCUGUAACGCGACACUGAACAGCUGGAGAUCGUCGUGUUAUGGCGACCGUGUGACGGCACUUGAUGAAUUACAGGAAUGAGAAGGUAAAAGAUGCAUUCACGUGCAUUGUGAUGUAACGACUCAUUCAUACAUUAAAGUUUUACCUUUAAUGGAAGAUAAAAGCCAUAGAAAACAACCAAUCGGACGUCGAAAGUGCUCUGAGACUACAUAACCGCCUGUCUCGGCCCGCAUUGUGAGUUAAAAGAUGUUAUAAAUCUUAUUUUACCGUUUAUUAACUCAAGCGUUCUGUACAGCUAUUGUGUUCUAUUAAGUUCUCUAUAACGACUGACUGACCCACAGAGAAGAUAUUUUCCUCCUCACUCGCUCAUACAACGCUACGAGGCUAUGACCACUUCUACGUUGUUAUAUCAGCUUAAGGAUAUAUGAACUUUUAGUGUGCACAGUUUUGAGGACAAGUAAUGUAGUUUUAAGAGCCAAGAUAAUAUUCUUUGUUCUGUUUUAUAUGAUUUGGAAAAAUGAAUUCAUCCGUCUUAUUGUUUUAACUCAAGAGGGCACAGAAACAUAAAAGUCUUUAUUGUACACUUUUUGACGACCAGUGAUAAACUGUUUUGAUAAAAUAGUAAUAUUUUUUAUACAUUAAGAACACUAAAACUCAAAUUGAUAUAAAUUUGUAUGAUAGUUAAUAAAUAUACAGUUUGU